CAACUUGAACUGUUAAGUUCGCCUGGGUUUGCAACUGAAUUACGAAGGAUUCACGAAUCAAAGCGAUUCUUUGCGAGUGAUUUCUGAAAACACAGCAAACACUUUUCAACGAAAGAUCGAUCAUAACCGAGAUGGCGCUGCUAACGAGGAAUCUUUUCCGCAACUGGUGGGACGACAUGGAUCGCUACCAUCGCGAGCUCGACGAGCAUUUCAAACGUCUGGCAAUGACUAACAGAGAUGAUUACUGGCAGACACCGGCUAUCCCGUCCUUCAACGAGUUCUUCCUUCCAUGGAGGAACAUGAUGGAACGACUGGAACGCGAAGCGGGCGGUAACGCAUCGCUUGAAAGUAGCAACGAUAAAUUCCAGGUGAUCGUUGACGUGCAGCAGUUCGCGCCAGAAGAAAUUACAGUCCGUACAGACGACAAAUGCAUCACCAUUGAGGGUAAACACGAGGAGAAGAAGGACGAGCAUGGUUUCAUAUCGAGACACUUUGUGCGUCGCUACGAACUGCCACAGGGCUACGACAUCGGCCACGUGAAACCGAGCUUAUCGUCUGAUGGUGUUCUCACUGUCACCGUACCGAAACUUGUCCUGCCUGCUCCUGGCGAGAGAAUCGUACCUAUCGAACGAAGAUACGCGCCGGCAAUUAAAGCCACGUAAACCGUAAACGGAUCCUUCAUUCACGAUUUCCAAGUUUCUUUUUUUUUCACUCACCGUAUUUUCGUCAAGGGUAUUCGAACGAUUCCAUUAGUUUUUGUUGUAAACUUUUGUUUCUGUACGUAAUUUGUUUUUACUUUGUUACGUUUUGGGUAUUUCAGAUUUCAAUUACCGCGGAUAUCUAGAAUAUGAUUAACCUUGUCAAUGUAAAUUAAAGUCUGAUAAAAUGUAUUAUAUUUUUUUUUAACUUUAAAGCACAAUAUAUGUACGUGGAGAACACAUUUAACGAACUUGUACGAUUUAGCAUUGCGAAAUUAAUGUGUCUUCUGUGUAAGUUUCUUUAUACGGAUACUGUGCUUCGAUGACACCACGAAUUGUACACGCUAUUGUACUUUCUUAUAGCUUUUUUUUCCAAUAAAUAUUGAAUAA